CAGCCCACUUCCGGCCUGCGCCGGGCCUGCUUCCGGUGCGCGCCUGGGGCUGCUCAACCUUCCUCCUCCUUCGCGAUGCAGCUGCUGCUCUCUGUGGCUCGGGCUCGCUGCCUCCACCGGGUGCUGGGCCGGUCCCUCUGCGGCAUUCGGCAGGGGAACUGUCCACAAGGGAAGCGUUCACUCUCUGGUGUCUUUCGAUGCCCAGGGCUGGCUUAUGCCAACAGCAGGAAGCAUUUGGCAAGUGAAACAUUUGCAUUACUUCAGUUUGGAGAUGGGCAGCUCUGAAAAGCUCUGGGUAAAUAGCACCCAUGUCUUUCUCUGUCCGUUAUUUCAGAAGCACUGCUGUAUGCCGGGAGGAAGUUGUUACAGUGAACACACCAGCUUUUGCAGAAUCAGUCACAGAGGGAGAUGUCAGGUGGGAGAAAGCUGUGGGAGAUACAGUUGCAGAAGAUGAAGUGGUAUGUGAGAUUGAAACAGACAAGACAUCUGUACAGGUUCCAGCUCCGGCAGCUGGUGUAAUUGAAGCACUUCUGGUCCCUGAUGGAGGGAAAGUAGAAGGAGGUACACCUUUGUUUAAACUCAGGAAAACUGGAGCUGCACCUGCCAAGGCCAAACCAGCAGCAGCCCCUGCACCAGAGCCUGCAGCCCCUGUGGCACCUCCUCCUGCAGCACCGAUUCCCACUGCAAUGCCUCCAGUGCCCCCCGUGUCAGCACUCCCUGUUGAUGCUAAACCAGUGUCUGCAGUAAAGCCAACUCCCGCAGCUGCUCCUAGUGUGGAACCUGGUGUCAGCAAAGGUGCCAGAUUGGAACAAAGGGUGAAGAUGAAUCGGAUGCGUCAGCGCAUUGCUCAGCGCCUCAAAGAGGCUCAGAAUACAUGUGCCAUGCUGACAACGUUCAAUGAAAUUGAUAUGAGUAACAUCCAAGAAAUGAGAGCCCGGCACAGGGACAGUUUCCUAAAGAAGCACAACAUGAAACUGGGCUUUAUGUCUGCCUUUGUGAAAGCUUCAGCCUUUGCCUUGCAAGAACAACCCGUUGUCAAUGCAGUGAUCGAUGAUACAACCAAAGAGAUUGUAUACAGGGAAUAUGUAGAUAUCAGUGUUGCAGUGGCCACUCCUAGGGGUCUUGUGGUUCCUGUCAUCAGAAAUGUAGAAACAAUGAAUUUUGCUGAUAUUGAGCGAGCAAUCAAUGAACUAGGAGAGAAGGCCCGCAAGAAUGAGCUUGCCAUUGAAGAUAUGGAUGGUGGUACAUUCACUAUCAGUAAUGGUGGUGUAUUCGGGUCCCUGUUUGGAACGCCUAUCAUCAACCCUCCUCAGUCUGCUAUCCUGGGCAUGCAUGGCAUCUUUGACAGACCUAUUGCUGUUGGAGGCAAAGUUGAGGUGCGACCAAUGAUGUUUGUAGCCCUGACCUACGAUCAUCGUUUGAUUGAUGGUAGAGAGGCAGUGACUUUCCUGCGUAAGAUCAAGGCCGUGGUGGAAGAUCCUCGGGUGCUGUUGCUUGACCUGUAAAUUGGCAGCAGCAUAUCUCCCUCACUCUCCCCAGCCAGCAGAGGAAGUAUCUAGCACCAACAGACAGAAUAGAGGACUGUGAGGAAUCAGCAGGGCUUCAUUCCAGCAGCAGCCUCCUCAUCAUAGUGGCAGGAGGUGCUUUGAAGGGAACCCUCAGGGUACCGUGCUACCUACUUUUCCUGCCUCUUCCAAAGAUAAUUCAUUUUCUUCCCUAAGGCAGACAGUUUUCAUGAGUACAGGUGUAACCUACCAUUCCCCUCGACUUCUCACGCCAAAUAGAUCUAACAUCACCUCUCUCCUAAAAUGUCGUGGGAAUAGAAGCUGUCUCCUGUUUAGCUGCAUCUUCUUUCCCAAGCUGGUGUUGCACAGAAUUUCUGCUUUAAUUCACUAUUAGCCAUGCAGGCUAUUAGAGAGAGGAAGGGUUGCUGGUGGGUCUCUGCUUCAUCUGAAAGCUUUAGCUCUUGUAAGCGAAGCUGGCCUGGAAACCUGUAAAGUGACUCUAUUGCAGUGCCUGGUCUUCUAUACCUCCAGCAAUGGAGAGGAGAUCUUUAAUCUAGCCACCUUGUGGUUGCUUGACCUUAGCAAAAGUGAGGCACUUCUAAGGGUUUCUGACUCCCUUGUCAUUUUCUACGCCCUGUGCUUGCCAAGAGGCAGUGUUAAGGACUGUUUUCACAGAUUUUCCUCCAACCUAGUCCCUUCAAGAACAAGAAAAUGGCAGUGACAAAUCCAGAUGUUCUUCUCUUUUGUUCUACCCUAAUAGGGCCAAAUUGGUGUCUGUCAGGGCCAGGUUAAACUGAUUUUCAGAGAUUAGGGGGAGGAAACAGCCCUCUACAGCUGUCCUGUAUUCCAUCUAAUACUCAGAUGAUGACUUCAUCAACUUCUUGUCUGCAGCAGUUUGAUCUGAUUAUGGGAUAAAGUAUGUUGGGACUGGACUUGUCACAUGUGGCAUGUAUCUAAACCCAAGACUGCUGGUUCAUGGGGAUAUAUCCUUAGUACAUUAGGCGCACAUGUAUUGUUGAGUGAGAGGGUUGCUAGUGCCUGCAGGGUUUAUUACUCUUGUCGCCGCACAGAACUUGUAAUUAAAGUAUUUAAUGGACAGAUUUUAAACAAAAUAAAACAAGGAAAUUACAUGUGUGCAUGUGAAUGAGACAUGGAUGUGUGUGUGUGUGUAUGUGUGUGUUGGGGGAGUUGGAUUUAAAGGAGGACAGUAAUAAACUCCAAAAUAUGUUUCAACUAAUAAGCAUAAAGGAAAAAAUAUGAGCUGAUUUUAUUUUGGCCAUUCUUAGUAGAGGAAAUAAACUCUUGAUACCUCA